GCAUAGUUUGCUUGGAAAAGGCACACGGGAAGGUUAGGAGGUGUUUAGGUUAGUUUUGGACGCACAAGGCGUGAAGAAAAAGUUAAGUUUUGACAGGACUUCGCUCCCCACGAAACCCGAUCAGUCACUUGAGUUGGCCUAAUUUGCAUAACGUCAGAGAGUGUGUGUCAGAGUUAGGGCUGUGAGGCUGUGAGUACAGUCGGCACAGCAAAGGAGAGAAACUUUACAUUUCCGUGACGAAAAAAAGACCAUCGGAUUUACCAAAAGAGCGGGAUUCUUACUUCUGUUAUUCCAGGAGGAUAGAACGGAGGGGGGGAAAUGGCAGAUACCGAGGAAACCGGCGCUGCGGAAAACGGGGGACCGGGCGAGAAGGAAGCGACAAAAACACCCUCCCCAAAACCAGACACAGAAGUCGCUCCCCCCAUUGUCAGCUUAAAAGGUUAUGGCAAAGAUGAUAAGAAAGAAGACCAGCAGGGUGACAAACCGGCGAGGAAGACACAGGUCCACCAGCGUAGAGGAGCCUCCAUGGGCAGACCUGCACCUUCUCCUGCCCAGAAGAAGACAGUGGUUCUGUCAGGAGAGGCGAUGAAGGAUCUGGCCAAACAGGCCAAGGCAACAAAGGAUGAGAGGAGACUACAGCUGGAUGCCAGACACCAGUACAUCUUCACUUCAGCUAUGUUGGUGCUGAUGGUGGCCGUGUCUGUGGCCCUGCCGUCGCUGCUAGUGUCGGGUCAGACAACACCAGUUGCAGACUGGCGGCCCUGUGGCGACUUCCCGUGGGACACCGAUGACGUCACCGUGAGCUGUGACUACACCUACACUGACGUGAAAAGGCCGUGGUCUGGGAACCCCCUAGUUCUACAGGGCCGCUGUACCGUGACCUGCCCGCCAGAAGCCGACAUGUUGGUGGGGCCAGUCUCCAACCCUUAUGGGGACGCAUACGGUUUGAAAGACGGAGCUUACUACUGCAACGUGGGCAACAGCACAUGGAUGGGGUCAGAACCCGUGUGUCUGGGUCAAUACGACAGCUCCACCGUCAUCACGGACGAUACCAACAUGGUUCGGCUGGUGGGGGGAGAGUUCUACGGCUGUGUGGAGAUGUACGAUGACGUCACGGGGCAGUGGGGGCCUGUUAGGGGGUGGAACAUGAAUGCUGGUAGGGAUAACAGGAUUUUCUGGGCCGACUUAGCGUGUAGAGACCUGGGUUUCAGGGAGGGGCUGGCCACACAUGCCUACCAGUUAACAAGUGGAGUCGUUAGUGGCUCUAGUCCCUUACGAUCCCACUACCGCCCCCUCUACCCCUCCGCUGUCCCCAGGUUCGUGGUUUCCCAGACCCUUCCCCAGUGGGAGGGCGCGACUCUGCGUGACGCCAUAGACCGGGUGGACCGAGGAAGCGGUUACACCAUCGACACCAUGUGCCUGGCCUGUGCAGGAGAACGGGACGGUCAACAAGACCUCGCUGCCCAGGUGACCUGCACGUCGGACCACCUGGAGGUGAGUUUCCCACGCCCUCCGGACAACUCAGUACAGGCGGCGGACGUGCAGCUAGCAGCGCCGCCUUGCAGGGCGGAACAGAACUCCACCCACAUCUACAUUCGGACUGCUCUGGGGGAAUGUGGCACUACGAAAGAGGCCACCCUGACAGAGAUGAUCUACCGGAACACUCUGACCGUCGGAGCCAACCCUUCGCACGGCGGCAUCACCUGGCAACUCACUAAGGUGCCGCUGGAGUGCCGCCUGCCGCGGAACAAGACCCUGUCUCUGGACUUCCAGCCUCAUCUCAAGUCCGUUUUCCGGUCCGGCGUGCUGGGCGAGGGCGAGUUCCGGAUUUCCAUGGAGCUGUUUCGGACUAACGGAUUCUGGCGGCCGGUUACGGAAUAUCCGGUAUUUGUGGAAUUGCAUGAGAUGAUCCACGUGCAGAUCCAGGUGAAAUCUAGUGACGCCUACCUUCAGGUGUUCCCUCACACCUGCGUGGCCACGCCUAGCGACGACCCUAGCGACAGGACACGGAAUGACGUCAUAAUCGACGGUUGCGCCAAGCUGCCGACGCUGCAGUUCUACCCGUCGCCCGGUCCGGACAGGGGGCGCUUCGGCUUCCAGGCAUUUGCCUACACCACCGGCGUUCCUACGGUGUACCUGCACUGUGACGUUCUGCUGUGUAAGGCCUUGGACCCGAACUCCCGCUGCGCGCAGGGCUGCCAGACGCCCUCGGGCAGGAGGCGGAGGGAGGCCGAACCCGAGGUCUACCGGCUCAUCCAGGGACCCAUCGUGCUCGGGGACGACCAAACUGGGCGCAAAACCCAGGACCUGGUCACGGUUUCUGCCAUCAUUGGCGCGUGCGCGAUGUUGCUGGCCGCAGCCAUGUUUGGUCUGGGUAUCCUGUACAAGGCACGCCGGGAAGGCAGGCAGUCUGGGUACAGGGUGUUGGAAAACACCGACUGAGUAGGGGACCCCCCCUACACACACACACACAAACACACACACACACACACACACACACACACACACACUUACAUAUGUGCCUCCAAUACUGAUUAAAACACUAACCAACAAGAAUUCCGAGAUCUCAUACCUCCAUGAAAUAUGGGCUUGAUAUGUAAAUGUAAAUUUCUUCUUUAAUUAUGCAAAUGA